UCUGCCGAUUCGCCUUCUUUCCUCGCCCCCGUUUCGGAGACGCGCUGCUUCCCCAUUGGAAACAGGGGAGCGGGGCGAGGCUCCCGCUUCCGUUCCGGCGCCUUGGCCGAUUUGGGGCGGAAGGCAGGCAGGGAGGAGGCGUGGCUUGCGUGGCCAUGGAGGGGAGUCCGGAGCCGGCUUCGCCCGGCGUGAUCCGCGAGGGGGACUUCGCCGUCCUCAAGCGCGACGAGGUCUUCAAGGCGGUGGCGGUGGCCAGGCGGAGGAAAAUCGUAUUUGAAAAACAGUGGUUCUGUCUGGAUAAUGCUAUUGGGCAUAUCUAUGGAACAAUGUUUGAAGUGACCAGCGGCGGGACCCUUCAGCCAAAGAACAGGGUGCAAGAGGCUGCCACAGAAACGAAAGAAGCAGGUGCCGAUAAUCGUAAUAUAGUUGAUGAUGGAAAGUCUCAAAAACUGACUCAUGAUGAUAUAAAGGCUUUGAAGGAUAAAGGCAUUAAAGGACAGGAAAUAGUUCAACAAUUGAUAGAGAACAGCACCACGUUCAGAGACAAGACGGAAUUUGCCCAGCAUAAAUACAUCAAGAAAAAGAAAAAAAAAUAUGAGGCAGUUAUUACAAUCGUAAAGCCAUCAACGCGUAUUCUGUCAACAAUGUACUAUGGAAGGGAACCAGGAAAAAUAAACUAUCUGCGAUACGAUACUUUAGCCCAGAUGCUGACUUGGGGAAACGUCCGUGCUGGCAAUAAGAUGAUUGUAAUGGAAACCUGUGCUGGAUUGGUCCUAGGUGCUAUAAUGGAGCGAAUGGGAGGUUAUGGAUCCAUUAUUCAGAUGUACCCAGGAGGAGGACCUGUUAGAGCAGCCACAAGCUGCUUUGGGUUUCCAGAAUCCUUCUUCCAAACGCUGUAUGAUUUCCCUCUCAGCAAAGUGGACAGUCUUCUCUCCGGUACGUUUUCUUUAAAGAAACUGCCUUUAGAAUCUGAAGAGAAUACGGCAGUGGCCGAAGAAAGCAAUGGUUCGGUGGAUGACAAACCAGUUUCCGUCCAAGAAGCAGACACAGAAUGCAGUACUGAGAUAGCUGCGAAAGACAGUCAGCCUGAAGAACAAGAAAUAAUGGACAUUCCAAUGGAGGGCGACGCAUUUGAAGACAGUAAAGCAAAGGGAACAGCACACGACAAACAAAAGAAACAAGAGGAAAGGCAGAAAAAGUUGAUAGAAGCUGCAGGUUUAUUGAAAGAGAAAAAUGCUGAUGGUUUAAUUGUUGCCAGUCGAUUUCAUCCAGCGCCUUUAUUACUCUCCUUAUUAGAAUUUGUUGCUCCCUCAAGGCCUUUUGUUGUCUACUGCCAAUAUAAAGAGCCACUAGUGGAAUGCUACACGAAACUGAGAGAAAAAGGGGGUGUCAUUAAUCUGAAACUCUCUGAAACGUGGUUACGAAAUUAUCAGGUCUUGCCAGAUCGGAGUCACCCCAAAUUGAUGAUGAGUGGCGCCGGCGGGUACCUUUUGACAGGCAUCACUGUUAUAAAUGAGAGUGUAAAAUCCGGGGACUGCUCACAACAGACAGAUGAAGAGCCGACAUCUAAAAAACGUAAACUUCAAGAGCAGCGUUGACAUUUGAAGAAGCACUUGUUUUUCUUAGGGCACCAGAUGAACCUCAUGUUCUUUCACUACCUGUGCUUAAGAGCACAGAGAAACGUACUUUGUCUUGCAUUUGCCAACUGCUGCAGAGAAGGUUAUCCAGAGAAGGGACUGCAUUCGAAUCCUAUCCAACUCGUACACGGAUAGCACCAUAGCUUUA